CGUAAUCCUAUUCCAAAACGGUGUGUGGCAGUGAUGGGUGAUUAAUUGGUUGAGACUUUGAGAACUACAUAUUCCAUAUUAUAUAUAUUAUAGAGGCUGCUGCAGUGCAGAGUAGUGGCAAUUGCCUUGCCUCUGUUUCUCUUGAUUACUUACUCGAUCGAUCGUUGCAGGCAGAUAUGGCGAAUCAGUUGGGGAAUCUGGUGGAGUCAAUAAAGUCAAAGGUUCGGUCAACCCUGAAGAUGAAAAAGAGAAAGAAACCAUACGUGAAGAUGGACAAGAGUGCAAGCGUUAAGGUCGAAAUUCGAAGCAGAAAAGCUCGUAAGCUUAUUGAAAAAACUUUGAAAGCUGCUGAUAAUAAUAUCCCAAUCUCAUCAUCACAUAAUAAAUAAAUAAAUAAUCACUAGUAUUUUCUUUCUUUCUUCUUCUCUUACUAGAUAUAUAUAUUCAUGUUAAUUUUCCCAAUCUCAAUUUCAUCAUCAUCAUCAACAAUAUGUUUUGCAGAUGCAUUGGGUCAUUAAGAUCGAUCCAUAUCAUAGAUUCAUUUAAUUAUUAUAAUCUUAUUUCUGUCUGUCUUUCAAUUUUAUCAUU